CACGGAACUCCCAGAGACAACAGCGCGUAUCCAGCUCACUGCGUAUUCGGUUUGGCACCAUGUCUUUACGCGGAGUCGCUUUGGUUCACCUUUGCGCGUUGGUGACGUUAACCGUGGCGCGCAGGACUUCACCGGAGCACGAGGAUGUUCAGGACAAGAUCAACAGCGCGCGGUGUACGUCCAGGUGUCUCACGCUGCACAUGACGCAGCUCACGGUCGCCUUCAGACACGUACAGAGCGACCAUGUUCUGGACUGGUGUGAAAACCACAGACGCUGCGCUCAGUGCCUUCAGCCAUGCAAGGAACUAUGGGAAACCAGGAAAGUGCUGUCUCCAAAGUCCUGUGAGAAGCAGACAGAAUGUGUGACAAGCCGUGAGUUCGUGGUCUCUCUUCGUAGCUCUCGUCAGGGGGACUGUCCGUCCCCUCAGAAGGCUUCGGGCUUUGCUGCAGCAUGUGUGGAGAGCUGCUCCUCUGACCUGCACUGCCCCUCCCCUAGAAAGUGCUGCUCCAACGGCUGUGGACACACCUGCCAGCUCCCGGCCAAUCUGUACAAAGGUGUUCCUCUGAAGCCGCGCAGGGAGAUGAGUUUCGUGGAGGACUUGGAGGGCCGCGUCAGGGUGCUCUGGGUGUCAAAAUUCAACGUCAGUGUGGAGCCCGUGGUGUACGUCCUUCAGUCCCGAUGGAACCCAGGCAUCCAUCCUAGUGAAGACCACGCCUCUCCAUGGACCACCGUCACCAUGACCCUCUCGGAGGACGUGCUGCUGUCCGAUCUGAGGUCCCAGCGCUGGUACCAGUUCAGAGUGGCAGCCGUGAACAGCCAGGGCAGCCGCGGCUUCACCACCCCGAGCAAACACUACAUCUCCAACAGAGACCCGUCUCCUCCUGAACCUCCUCAGAACAUCCGAGUGGAGAACCAGACGGUGGAGUGGAGCAGCUCCCCAGCACUUUCACAGUUCACUGAGAGCCGAGGACACGUGGCCACGGUGGGAGUGCUGCUGCGCUGGGAUGUCCCGAAAGAAGGGGACCUGCCUGUGCACAACUACAGAGUCACCUAUACCCCUCAGCAACCACAGGGGGCGCUCCGAAGCUCACACCUGGGACAUAGUAACGUACGGCCGCAGUCCAGGUCGCAGGAGCAGAGCCGGAGGGACAGCAACACCAGAGUCACACAAGGGCCGCACUGUGAAAUGUGGAUCCAGGGUCUACAACCUGACACAGCUUAUCUCCUGACGGUGCAGACGGUGGCCUACUGGGGUCAAAAGAGGCUGAAGAGUCCCAGAGCUCAUGCUGUGUUCACAACGAUUGCUCACACAGCCGAUGACUUCUCCAACGAGCUCCCCUCUUCUUCCUCCUCUUCCUCCUCCUCUCCCGGCUCUUCUGACUUCGUCCCCUCUCGCCCUCACCACUCGGACUCCGCCUUUAACCCCUCGUCCGCCGGAGCGCUGCGUCUGGAGGUGGCGGCUCCUCAUUACCAUGACGACCAGCUGCAAGUCAAGGUCUUCUGGAAGUGGCCUUAUCACACCAAGCAGAGACACCCAGGUCCAUACGUCCUGCGCUGGCUCCCGCAUACCUGCUCCCAUAACACCACCAGUGAGGAGAGGACCACCACUGUGAAGGGCACACACCACACCAUCACCGGACUGCUGUUUGCCUGUAAGUACCGGGUUUCCGUGGCGACGCAGUCCGACCCUUCCUCAGAGGCGGUUGCUUGGGUUACGACCCCGAGCUGCUCCUCCAUCAGGCUCCAGGGAGGAAAGAGCCUGGCCUGCAACACAGAAGAGCACCACCUGGCGGUCAGGAAGGUGGUACUGCGUCCUGAGCGCCUCACUGCAGAUUUCCAGCAACUGAACGGGACCCUGCUCACUACGUUUAGAUGGAGGAUGUCCCAGCACGGUCUGGGACCCUCUGCUGUCGAGGGCUUUCAGUUCACGUGGACACUACAGUCACAAGUCACGUCCACGUCCAAAGAAGACACACUCAUCUCCCAAACGCAGACCAUCGCACCGUUUCAAAGGUCAGUAAUGGUCUCAAGACUUCAACCAGACAGCGACUACCAGCUGCAACUUCAAGUGUUAACAGCAGGGGGCAGUACCGGUGCAGCAGUCUCCAAAACCAUCCAUACUCCAGCCAUCCAAGCCUCACUUUGAUAGGUUCAAAGUCCACAUCUGACCAAGUCUACUGCAUCACUGUUCCUUUCAAAACCAAGUGAAACCAAGAGGAUUAUUUGUAUUGAUUGUAUUGUUUUGUUCAUUGACUCUAAAGCUAUUGAAUGUCAUUUCCCUCAUCUCCAAAUACCACAGUUUUGAUAGACCCCACUAAACAUGUGUACGCACCCAAACAUCUGCAACAAACUGCUACGCAUGGGUGAUGAAAAAUUAGCACUGUUGCCAUGGUGAUUAAUAAUUCAAAAGUAAAAUAUGAUAUCUUUCCGAUGGUGAAAAAUACUCAAAAUGGUACCCAUAAACAGGAAAACAAUGAAAACAGUUUUUGCAUUUGAAUGUAAAUAACCUUUAAGUUGUGUCAAUAGAAUGAAUACUACCUUUGUACAACACAUGAAUUGCCAACAAAUGUAUUUUUUAUUUUUUCACUGGUUCAAAAAUAGAAUGUCAUCAUAUAGGACUAUCUGUAAAUACCAGAAAGUUAAGUCACAUGGUCCUUGUAUAAACACAUGCAUGCCUAAUGGAGGUAAAUAAUAGGCUAAUUGAGCACUGACUUUGUACAAAAUGUAUUAUAGAUAUAGCUUCCAGUUUAGCUAGUUCAUGUGUAGAAUGCUCUUUUUUUUUCUUUUUCAUUUUUCCUAGAUUAAUGACAAUUAAUGAGAUAUAUACCUGUGGUUCUGAUCUGAACCGCCUACAUCAGAUCUUUAUUUUAGUUAUUAUUCUUUUGUACUUUAGCCAAUAAUGUUUCAC